UUCGCGGGGAAGUUAUUCGCAAGCAACCAACAAUGGCGACUCUUGGUCUAUAGAUCCAUAUGGAAUCAAAUUCUUCUCAAAGAUCUCUUCAUCCCACCAACAAUGGCAACUCAAUAGAAUCCUACUUUCUCUCUUUCUCUUUCUCUCUACAUAAAAUGGAGAAGAAGGAGCAAAACGACCUUAAUCCUCCAUCAAAUCCUCAACCGCCACCACACGAUCAAGAAGAAGACGACGACCGUCCUCUCCUCAAACCUGACCGUAACAAUUCCGAUCAUUCAUCUCCUUCACCUCCGUCCGAGACUAUUGAAGAGCUGGAAAAGAAGUAUGGAGCGUUUACACGAAACGAUGUCUACGGAACAAUGGGACGCGGCGAGUUACGGCUGGUGGAAAAGGUCAUUACCGGCGUCGCACUCGUUACGCUUGUGCCUCUCCGCGUGGUUUCAUCGAUCGCGUUUUUGGUUUUCUAUUAUUUGAUUUGCUGUGUUUGUACGUUGUUUUCGACUCCGAAUCGGAAUGAUGAUCAGGAAGAUUAUGCACAUAUAGGUGGAUGGAGGAGAUUUGUGGUCGUAAAAGCAGGUAGUUUUCUCGCUAGAGUUGUGCUUUUCAUUAUGGGAUUUUAUUGGAUUAAAGAAAUACGUCGUGAUGAAGAUGUUGAUGGAGGAUUAACAUGUCAGGGAGAAUGUAAAGAUCAAACUGAUGAUUCUGGAGGAAGACAGGGAGUUAUCAUAUCGAAUCAUGUGUCAUAUCUUGAUAUACUUUACACCACGUCUUGUUUCUUCCCAAGUUUUGUAGCUAAGAAAUCAGUGGCUAAACUUCCCUUGGUUGGUCUCAUCUGCAAGUGCCUUGGUUGUGUAUUUGUUCAGCGGGAAUCAAAGUCGUCGAAUGUUAAGGGUGUUUCUGGGGUUGUCAAUGAAAGAAUUCGAGAAGCUCAUGAGAAUGAGGACGCUCCGUUAAUUUUGUUGUUUCCAGAGGGUACAACUACAAAUGGAAACUACCUUCUUCCAUUUAAGACUGGUGCAUUCAUUGCCAAAGCUCCUGUUCGUCCUCUGAUUUUAAGAUAUCCUUAUCAGAGAUUUAGUCCUUCGUGGGAAUCCAUAUCAGGGGUGAGGCAUAUACUAAUUCUUCUAUGUCAGUUUGUAAACUACCUUGAAGUUAUAAGGUUACCUGUAUACCAUCCUUCACAACAGGAAAAGGAUGAUCCAAAACUUUAUGCAGAGAAUGUUAGAAGGAUGAUGGCUCGUGAGGGUAACAUGUCACUAUCUGAUAUAGGUUUGGCAGAGAAAAGAAUAUAUCAUGCUGCUCUCAAUGGUAUGCCUCCUAGUGUUGUUAUGCAUCACAAAGACGAUUGAUUUUUGUUUUUGUUUUUUUGGUGUUUUCUCGUCAUCUGAUUCUUCUGUCAAAUAAGAUAGACAACUAACUCCAAACAAUUUAGUCGAUUUAUUUAUGUUUCCAAGAUUGUAGUAGUAGUUGUUUUGUCUCUGAAACAAAACAAAACAAAACAGUUGUAAUGUUUCAUUGAAGAAAAGUUUUCCCAAGCUCAUCAU